GAGGAGGACUGUGGCCUCCUUCAGAGACACCAUGAGGAAACGAACAUGCUAGAUCAACUGAUCCUGAAUAAACACACUUGGGAUCGGCCACAGAUGCCACACUGUCACCAGGGAGCACGCUAACCUUGAGAGACUGGAGCCUCCCACCCCGCUGUUUCCAGAACCCCGAGCCAGGCGUGUCCAGGUCACCACAGCACAAUGGAAAACCCUCCCCUCGUCUGUGACUAUGGUUCUGGCUUCAGUAAGGUGGGCUUUGCAGGAACUCAGGCCCCUCGGGCUGUCUUCCCCACCAUCCUCGGGAAAAUGAAACAUACCGUGAGAGACUCAGCUGUGCUCUAGGCCCAUGAUGGCACUGAUCUCUACCCAGGGCUGGUGACUGGCCAUGAAGGCAGUGGGGGUUUUGGCGGGAGGCCUAGAGGGAACAGAGAGGCUGGACAAGGACAAAGUCGUUCUUUCUGGUGUAGUCCUGGCCCACAGCCCACCCACGGACAGACCACCAGAAUGUGCUAGAGGGGUUGGGAGCACAAGACUGGUUCAUUGGAGCUGAGAUCCAGAGUAAUCGAACAGAACUGAGUAUGUACUACCCCAUCUCCCGGGGAGUCAUCACCAACUGGGACAAUGUAGAGAAGAUUUGGCAUUACUCCUUCUACCACUCCCUCCAAAUUGCCCCUGAGCAGCACCCUCUCUUGAUAACAGAGGCACCGUUAACCAGCAAGGAAGCUAAAUCCAGAAUGACUCAGAUCCUAUUCGAAACCUUCAACUUCCCUGCCCUGUACACGGCCAAUCAAGCGGUCCUCUCCCUUAUGGCUUCUGGCAGAACCUCUGGAACAAUUAUUGAAUCUGGAGAUGGGAUGACCUACUUCGUGCCUGUCAUGAAUGGCUAUCCUUUGCACUUGUCAACCACCAAGCUGGACAUAGCUGGCCAAGACCUGACUGUGUACCUCAUGAAACUGCUGUCAGACAAUGGGAAUGUGUUAGAGACCAUAGCUGACCUCGAGUACAUCCGAGACCUGAAAGAAAAAUGCUGCUAUGUGGCACUGGACUACAACAUGGAGAUGUCAAAAACUUCAGAACCCUCCUUCCAGAAGAAAUUCACAUUGCCAGAUGGCAAGGAAAUCAGCCUAGGGCAAGAGGCUUUCAUGUGCUCAGAGGCGCUCUUCGACACCAGCCUCCUGGAGAGAUCCAACCCAGGGAUCCACAUGCUCACCCUGGAGAGCAUCAUGUCCUGUGAGAAAUCCCACCGGAGGACGCUGUUCAAUUAUAUCAUACUGUCUGGUGGCACCGGUGCCUGUGCUGGCCUACGAUUCCGGAUGCAGAAAGAGAUGGCAAAGCUGGUCUCUCCAGACUUCUGUGUGAAGGUGAUUGCCUCUCCAUAUACCAAGUACAGUGCCUGGAUAGGUGCCUCCAUCUUGUCAUCUCUCCCUAUGUUCAAGGACAUGUGGAUCACAAACCAUGAGUAUUUGGAAAUUGGCCCUUCUGUCAUAUUUAGAAGAUCUUUCUGACUGGUGGAUUUCAGGUUCCAUCACCUGAGCCAACAUCACCAUGCCUAGGCUGAGCCUUAGCCAUACUGAGCAGGACAUGAUCAAAACAAGCUCAGAGCAAGGCCUCCUUUCUCCUGAAGGACAUUAAAAGUGUGUAACAAGGGC